AUGAUGUAAAUUAAAACCAUAUAAUUCCCUGUCUUCUUGGCUGCUUCAUUGGUUCUGUCUAUUACUAACACACUCUGAUUGCUUGGCACAGAAAAUACUAGCUUUCCUACUGUAAGCAUUUGUAACAGGGCUGGGGUCAAUUCGAAUUGAAGGCAAAUUAGAAUUUCAAAUUUUAAAAAAGGAAAAACUUUGGGAAUAAAUAGCUUCUACUCCUCAGUUUAUUGAAAAAUCCUUGAAAAUAGAAUUGUUAUUUAAGACCCCAGUCCUGAUUUGUACUGUUAUCCCACUGGCUAUAAGGUGAAUGCACCAAUUUGUAAGUCGCUCUGGAUAAGAGCGUCUGCUAAAUGACGUAAAUGUAAAUGUAAAUGUAUGUCAUGUAACUCCUCAGUCUCCUUCUCUGUCUUCCUCAGAUCAUGGCUGACUUUGACAUGGUUCUGAAUUGCUGGGGGCCAGUGGAGGCUGACUACAAAACACACGGAGGACUGGUUCUGAGCCGGUCAGUGGACAAUAUUGGACUGUACUUAGCUCUGGUCCAGGGCGUUACGUUUUGCUUGCUGUUGCUGAGACACAACUGCAAAAUGCAGGGAACGCUAUGGACCGGAGCCAGACUUCACUGAGUUGGCUAAGAGAUGGACUGGAGAAUGGUUCUGGCCAUAAACUGCUAGACUGCAGACUGUUGUGUUGAAUGUAAUGCUAAGAAAUACACUACUGGUCAAAGGUUUUAGAAGGGUUUUUCUUAAUUUUUUACUAUUUUCUACAUUGUAGAAUAAUAGUGAAGACAUCACAACUAUGUAGCUCAGCUGCUAGAGUACGGCGCUUGUAACGCCAAGGUAGUGGGUUCGAUCCCCGGGACCACCCAUACACAAAAAUGUAUGCACGCAUGACUGUAAGUCGCUUUGGAUAAAAGCGUCUGCUAAAUGGCAUAUUUAUUUAUUUAUUUAUUUUAAAUAACACAUAUGGAAUCAUGUAGUAACCAAAAAAGUGUUCAACAAAUCAAAAUAUAUUUGAGAUUUCAGAUUCUUCAAAUAGCCACCCUUUGCCUUGAUGACAGCUUUGCACACUCUUGGCAUUCUCUCAUCCAGCUUCACCUGGAAUGCUUUUCCAACAGUCUUGAAGGAGUUCCCACAUAUACUGAGCACUUGUUGGCUGCUUUUCCUUCACUCUGCGGUCCGACUCAUCCCAAACCAUCUCAAUUUGGUUGAGGUCGGGGGAUUGUGGAGGCCAGGUCAUCUGAUGCAGCACUCCAUCACUUUCCUUCUUGGUAAAAUAGCCCUUGCACAGCCUGGAGGUGUGUUGGGUCAUUGUCCUGUUGAAAAACAAAUGAUAGUCCCACUAAUCCCAAACCAGAUGGGAUGGCGUAUCGCUGCAGAAUGCUGUGGUAGCCAUGCUGGUUAAGUGUGCCUUGAAUUCGAAAUAAAUCACGGACAGUGUCACCAGCAAAGCACCUCCACACCAUAACACCUCCUCCUCCAUGCUUUACGGUGGGAAAUACACAUGCAGAGAUCAUCUGUUCACCCACACCACGUCUCACAAAGACACGGCGGUUGGAACCAAAAAUCUCAAAAUUGUACUCCAGACCAAAGGACAAAUUUCCACCAAAGUUCUUGAAAUGUUCCGUAUUGACUGACCUUUGUGUCUUAAAGUAAUGAUGGACUGUCAUUUCUCUUUGCUUAUUUGAGCUGUUCUUGCCAUAAUAUGGACUUGGUCUUUUACCAAAUAGGGCUAUCUUCUGUAUACCCCCCCCCCCCCACCUUGUCACAACACAACGGAUUAACAACACAACACAACAAAUUAACUUUUAAGAAGGGACACCUGUUACAUUGAAAUGCAUUCCAGGUGACUACCUCAUGAAGCUGGUUGAGAGAAUGCCAAGAGUGUGCAAAGCUGUCAUCAAGGCAAAGGGUGGCUAUUUGAAGAAUCUCAAAUAUAAAAUACAUUUUGAUUUGUUGAACACUUUUUUGGUUACUACAUGUUUCCAUAUGUGUUAUUUCAUAGUUGUGAUGUCUUCACUAUUAUUCUACAAUGUAGCAAAUAGUAAAAAUAAAGAAAAACUCUUGAAUGAGUAGGUGUUGUAAAACUUUUGACCGGUAGUGUAGGUUAAUGCUAUAUCUACACAUUGGCAAUCAGGAAUGAUUUAAAAUGUUCUGUACUGUAGAGGCUCACAGAACUCUCCUUACAAAUCUCUCUCUUUCCCUCUCUGUCUCUCCUUGCCUCUAGUCUGUUCACAGAGCACCCAGACACCCUGACGUUGUUCCCUAAGUUCGCAGGCAUCGCAGCGGGGGACCUGUCCGGGAACGCGGCGGUAGCUGCCCACGGGGCCACCGUGCUUAAGAAGCUGGGAGAGCUGCUGAAGGCUAAAGGUGACCACGCUGCCAUCCUCAAACCCCUGGCAACCACCCACGCCAAGCAGCACAAGAUCGCCCUCAACAACUUCAAGGUGAGGGUGGAUGAUUCCAGUCUCCCUCCCUUCUCUCUUUAUCUGAAUCUAGCAGUUUUUUCUCCUCUAUUCAUAAAUGUAAAUACAUUUAAUUGUUGCAUUCACUCCAGUUUUACCAUGACACUGUCAUUCUUAGUUUACUAAAAUGCUGAGUGAAAAAUAUCCUUCAUAAAGUGCUUUUAUUCAGUAUGAAAUUAAACAUUAUCAUCUCUCUUGCUUCUCACCAGCUCAUCACCGAGAUCAUCUGCAAGGUGAUGGGUGAGAAUGCAGGGCUGGACGGGGCAGGGCAGGAAGCGCUGAGGAAGGUGAUGGGCGUGGUCAUAGCUGACAUCGACGUCACCUACAAGGAGCUGGGCUUCGCUGGCUAAACGGUUUACCUCAAUGACCUACGACCCCCACGCCAGGGGUCACAAGAGGUCACACAGAAAGGACAACAACUGGAUACAUUUACUGGGAGCUUACACGUGAAGCAGAGUGGUUACUAGUUUAUAUACAGUACAUUCUAAGUGCUGGUUUGCUUGUGACUUUCUGAAAGUACAGGAGGUGUAUGGGGCAAAGCUUUUGUGAAAAUUCUGCAUUUCUCUCUGUACAGUAUAUUGUCUUAAUCUGCCAUUUCAAUGUAGUUUGCUUACUGAAUGGUAACUGUUUCUCAUUGCACUAAACCAAUAAACGUUCUAUCAGCUGCAAAUAAGUGCUUAAAA